GGACCUGAAGAAAGAAGCUCAUCUGAUAAAGAGGAACAUUACCCUAUAGAUAUAGAGGCUGAUGGAAGAAAAAUUAAAGUUCUUUUCCAAGGUGGAGGAGAUACCACAGAUGAAAUAGCCACCCCAAACAGGCCUCCGUGUUAUACCAGUGACCUCACAGUGGAUCAAGCCGAUGUCAUACAGCUUCAGGUCGAAAAUGACGCCAACCAUCGUACAAACUGUGCAACUCAGACUGAUGCCGUCGUUGUCCUAAGCAGUGAUAGAGACAUUAAAGCCGCAAAUGCCAGGACAAGUGUUUCCCUGUCGAGGUCUAAGAUGGACGUGUGGUCCACUCCCGCUGUGAAGGAACAUUGCUUGGAAAAGUUAGACCUCAUUCAGCAGACGCAGGUGGAGACCAACAAUAAGCUCAGCAGACUCCUGGAACUUUUUGAAAAUCCUCCACAAGAGGUUAGUGGGCUCAGUGACUACUUGAGGCAGAUGACAACCCCAUGCCCUACUUCGAGAUGCCCUCCUAGUGUAAUCCGAACAGACAGAAGUGCCAGUGAGACACAAAAGCCCAAAAGGAAGCCUCUUAGUGCCAUUGAACUUUUUGAGAAAGAGAACUGUCAGCCAUGUGAAGGACCCCCUACCCCAGAUGACUUGUUCUCAGACAGACCGGUGGAAGAGGAUGGUGAUGUACAGAGGGAUGAAGAGAACACAGAAAGUGAGGAGGACAAGGAAAAUGAAGAAAAUCGUGUGGAAGAGGUGCCUCUUUCUGUUGGAAUUUCAAGGACAGAUGUUGUUUCUGCAUUUUCAUCUGUAAACAACACCAUACUGCCUAACUGCCCAUCAAAUGCAACCAUCCAUAAUGUUAGUUCGCCAAAGGACAUUGUGCCUGGAAAUUGUAAAUUUGUGGUGAACAAAGAACUUCAGCAGACAGCUAGAAACUCAGCUUGUUCAGCCGGUAACUUCCUUUGGACAAUGACAAAGAUCCUCUUCAACGAGGAGGAAUUGAGUCGAAACAUGAACUUUUCUGGGCGAAAAGGAAAAGAAAAGAUGUCCCCUAGGAUGAGACACAGCCUCGUUCAACUCUAUGUAGAGAACUAUGACAGAUGGACUGAUGAAGGCAAUAAACUCGGUAAACAAUGGGUUGCUGCAGAAGAGGAAGAAGUAAAGAAAUCUUCAGCAUCUUUGGACUACAAUACUAGUGUUUGGUGUUCGACUCUUAAAUGAAAAGUUGCCCUAAGAUCAGAAUUUGGCUGGAGGCAUAUAUGAUUUUGAUUUUACUACAAUACAUGUGUAUUUCAGUAUUAUUUGUAACACAUGGGUUUUUUUUAUAUUAAAUGUGAUAAGAGAU